UCUCUGACACUGGAGUUUGAACUCAAAGAUAUGAAGAAUCCUGUUGAUGGACUGUCUGUGUGCAGCCAAGAAGCAAUACUGUUGCCACUAGUGAGCAUGGGAACCAUGCCGUUGCAUCGUUUGUGUGGAAUGUUUGUAUUCCUCAGUGUUUGUCUGAUUUCCUUCACACCACCACCUUGCAAUGGAGGGAACAUUCUGGCGUUUCCUGUGGAUGGCAGCCACUGGAUCAAUAUGAAGAUCCUGCUGGAAGAACUUCAUGCCAGGGGACACAGCAUCACUGUUAUCAGGCUCUCUGACAGCUGGUACAUCCCAGAACAGUCUCCUAUCUACACAUCCAUAACCAUUGAAGUGUUUCAGAGUUUUCAGGACCUUUUUGGUGUGUACCUACAGGAGAACAUCAGGGCGCAGAGAGAGGGGGCUUCAGCACUUACUUUCUUCAAACUCACCAAGGACUUCCUCUCUUUGAUUUCUGAGAUUCAUUCAAUGUGGAUUGAUGCUGUUGCUAGAAUCUUUGAUGAUGAAAAUCUUGUCAAAAGAUUAAUGGAUGCCCAAUAUGACCUUGUUCUCACUGACCCAGCUAUAGGAUCAGGGGUCUUACUAGCCAAGUAUCUCAAACUGCCCCUGGUGCUCAAUGUUCGCUGGGUCACCAGCGGAGAGGGCCACUUGGUGAUGGCCCCCUCACCACUGUCUUAUAUCCCGGUGUUUGGAUCAGGCUUAACAGACAAAAUGACUUUCAUCCAGAGGGUCAAGAACAUUUUUUUCUACAGCAUUUUAGUGUUCCAGCAGGAAGUCGUGGUGGGGCCGACCUAUGACGCUGUCUGUGAGAAAUACAUCGAGGGUGGAUGUGACAUCAUCUCGCUUCUGCAGGAAGCAGACAUUUGGCUGUUCAGGUCAGAUUUUGUGUUUGAAUUCCCCCGGCCAACAAUGCCAAACGUCGUCUACAUCGGAGGAUUUCAGUGCAAACCUGCCGAACCUCUGCCAGCAGACCUGGAGGACUUUGUUCAGAGUGCUGGGGAGCAUGGAGUCAUCAUCAUGACUCUGGGAACCUUAGUCAAUGCUUUGCCCAGAGAGCUCGCAGAUGAAGUCGCCAGCGUCUUUGCCAAGAUGCCUCAGAAGGUGAUAUGGAGGCACAAAGGGGAGCGUCCCUCUACUUUGGGCAACAACACCCUGAUCGUGGACUGGAUGCCACAGAAGGACCUCCUGGGCCAUCCGCAGACCAGAGUCUUUGUGGCUCAUGGAGGAACCAACGGAGUCCAGGAGGCCAUUUACCAUGGGGUCCCUGUGCUCGGCAUACCGUUGUUCUUUGACCAGUAUGAUAACCUUUUACGUCUGCAGGAGAGAGGGAGCGGAAAGAUCAUUCAGCUAGCCGAUCUUAAUGCCCGCAGUUUUGAGCAAGGUAUUCAUGAAGUGCUCCGUGACGACCGCUACAGACAGAACAUGCAAAGACUGUCACGUUUGCACAGAGAUCAGCCGAUGGCGCCCAUGGAUCAGGCCGUCUUCUGGGUCGAAUAUGUGAUUCGCCAUAAAGGGGCUUCUCAUCUGCGCACAGAAGCCUAUAAGAUGCCCUGGUACUCAUACUACAGUUUGGAUGUAGUGUUACUAUUGAUUACUGCAGCGACUGGACUGCUGCUGUCUACUUUGGCCGUUUUCAGGUACCUGUGCUGCAGAGGGAGAAGGACCACCAAAACCAAACAACACUGAUGAUGGUGAAAUUAGUUAGGAACACCAGUUUCCAAUGUUAUCAGACAGUUGAAUGAGGCGUUAUUAGCUGUACUCAGCCCAUACGAAUUGGUGAGUAGGGGCCUCCUGCACAUGCUAGCAGGUUGAGAAGGUUGUUUUCAGCCCACUCAAGGCCACAGUUUCCUGACAAUUACAUUACAAAUCCUCUUGUGAGGGCAAAAACUUCCUGGUUAGGGGUUUCAAAAGAUAGUAAAAGUCCUGGGGUUGUUUGACAAAUUCGCCCUUAGAGAAUUUUGUUGUCUUUUUUACCCAUAGAGGGUGUUAAACAGCACACGUUAAUAUAGCUGCCAAUUCAAUGUGCUGAUAACAACAUGCUGGCCUUCCAGCAGGUGGAGUAGGCUCCUACUUGCGCAAACUUCUGGGAUGCCAAAAACCUAUUUAAUCGUCUGUUAACAUUCAAAUCAAGUGGUUUAGAAAUACAUUACGCUACAGUGAGUUAUCUAAAACUUUGUGUUUAGACAAGAAUACAUCUGAAGGUAUCUCAUUUGUAUCUAUUUAUUAUUUACGAAGCAAAAUGACAAUCACUCAGUUGAUUCAUCCAAAUUAAAAAAUAUAUAAUAGUUAAAGAAAUAUAGCCACAUUACUUUGUUGAAAAGAAAUUAUUUAAUUUUGUAAUAUACCCACAUAUCAUUUAUAACUGUCUGAUCAUGGGAGAGUCAUUUGGCAAGUCUUUGCCUGCUCUCUCAAUCUGAAAAUGGAAAAAACAACAACAAAGGAAUGUGUUUGUUCAACAAAAAUGAUAUUGACUGAGCUUAAACUUACCUGACUCAAUUCAUGUGUCCAUGUCAGGCACUUUAUCUGGCCUUUGUAUACAUUAUUUCCCAUCUCAUAAUAUCCGUUCAUCCAUUUUUUUGCUCUAUGAUCUUUCCAACAAAUAAUGAAAAACUUCAAGCCAGAUACAUUGUUGCUUCAAGUAACACGAGUCAUAGCGUAGGCUGACAGUUUUGGUGAGUCUUGAAUGGUUGGUAUUAGUUUUUGCUUUAGGCUAUGGGAUUGGACCAAUGUGCAGUGUCGAUUGAUUAAUAAAAAUCACAGCUUAAUGUUUGUUGAAGUUACACAUCUUUUCCACUUGUCAUUGCCAGAGUUUACUCACUCUCUGGCCUUUGGAAGCAGUAAAGCGACUGUGCUCUUUUUGCUCUUUUCAGAUUGCAAAGGUUGUUCUCCACUCUUUAGGUUCAGCAUUCCCUGCACUAAAACUGGCUUAGAGAUAAUGAAAACACAAAACUCAGUCUCAGAAAAUUAAAAUAUUACAUAAGAUCAAUUAAAAAAGGGAUAUUAUAAACACAAUUGUCAGGCUUCUGAAAAGUAUCUUUAUUUCUAUACAUCAAUACUUAGUUGGGCUCCUUUUGAAUCAUGAAUUACUGACACACUGAGUUUUGUGUUUUCAUUAUCUCUAAGCCAGAAGCAUCAAAAUUACAAGAAAAACAGGCUUGAAAUAUUUCACUCUACGUGUAAUGAAUCUAUAUAAUUUAUGAGUUUCACUUUCUGAAAUUAUUGGGGGGAAAAAAUUUAACUUUUUCAUUAUUUUCUUUUUUUUUUUUGGAGAUGUACCUGUAAGUCUGAUGGGUCAAGAAACACAAGCAGGUUGGAAACAAAACUUCAUGUUAGUUCAACAGACAAUUACAGAAGCACCUCCUGUAGUGAGCUGGGUAAUGAGGGAUUAUUAGCACUAUAUUAUUAGAUUAUAUAUAUAUUAUAUUAUUAUAUGUGUCCAGUGUGACCUGUAAAGUGGUUUGUUUCCAACGUGUCUCUUUUUAGUAUUCCCACAUGUCAGCUUUUACCUGAUGUACAGUACAGGCCAAAAGUUUGGACACACCUUCUCAUUCAAUGUUUUUCCUUUAUUUUCAUGACUAUUGACAUUGUAGAUUC